CUUAUGCAUAAUCCUGAUCAAUUAUUUUUUUGGUUUAUUAGUCCAAAGUUCAACAGUUAAUUUUCUGAUAUAUGUACUAAGGUUCAUCAGUCUCCUCUUAUUCUCUUUAUUACUCAUAAAUUCUAUAGAUAGUAGGUUGUAUUUAAAACAACAUAAUAAAGGCAGUAUCCAAUAAUUAUAUCUUUUACUUGUAAACUGAACACAAAAUGUCAACUUUUUUUAUGAUGAAAAGAUGUUUGUCAACUAGUUCAAUGAUGAGUGCAAUUCAAAAUGUUACAGUUAUUGGUGGAGGGCUAAUGGGAUCUGGAAUAGCUCAAGUAGCUGCGCAGAGUGGUCAAAAUGUAACGCUGGUUGAGGUUAAUGCAGAAAUCUUGAAAAAGUCCGAAUCUAGUAUUGCAAACAAUGUGGCCAGAGUUGCAAAAAAGAUGUAUAAGGAUGAUGAGACUGCAGCAAAAAAAUUUGUUGAAGACACCAAAGCCCGCAUCAAAGGUUCUACGAGCGCUGUCGAUUCUGUUAAAGACUGUGAUUUAGUUGUUGAGGCAAUUGUAGAAAAACUGGAAAUUAAGCAUUCUCUCUUCAAAAGUUUAGAUGCUGUGGCACCCAAGAAAACAAUUUUUGCAUCAAAUACCAGCUCAUUAUCUAUUGGAGACAUUGCUUCCGUAACGAAUAGAAAGGAUAAAUUUCUAGGUUUGCAUUUUUUCAAUCCCGUACCUGUGAUGAAGCUGCUUGAAGUUGUUAGAAUCCCGGACACUUCGGAAGAAACAUAUCAAGCGGCAAUGACAUGGGGCAAAGCUAUCGGUAAAACUUGUAUCACAUGUAAGGAUACUCCCGGAUUUGUAGUCAACAGAUUACUGGUGCCUUAUAUAGCAGAAGCAAUACGAAUGAUGGAGAGAGGGGAUGCCUCACCACAUGAUAUCGAUAUUGCCAUGAAGCUAGGGGCAGGGUAUCCAAUGGGUCCAAUAGAAUUAGCUGACUAUGUUGGUCACGAUACCACAUUAUCCAUUAUCAACGGGUGGCACAAGAAAUUCCCAGAUAAUCCUCUUUUCCAACCCUGCGAUUCUCUGCAAAAGUUGGUGCAAGAUGGAAAACUUGGAAUGAAAACUGGAGAAGGAUACUACAAAUAUAAUAAGUAACGAUAGUAACUUACGACAGCUUUUAUUUUUCCACAAAUAGAUUUCUAUUUUUCCACAUAGUUUCUUCAGGAUUAUAUGGGUAAAACAUAUGAAUACUUGUUGUAACGGAAUUUCAUCCACACUCUUUUAUUAGUAUUUUUUGCAGUUUUGUCUUAUUUACAGAUUCGAUGUCAGGUUCUUGGAUUUCAUUUUGAAAAUUCAUUUUAACUCGCAACAUUUUUACAGCUUGAAAUAUUGGUUACGACAAUUUUCCAAUGAAGUGAUAGAUAAGAAAAAAUGGUCGAAAUAUUAUAAAAUAUGGAAGAGGAUUCUUCA